AUGAGCCCCUUUCCGCUCCUUCCGCCAUGGCCGCUCCCCCCGAAACUUCCGCAAUACACUCUUUCCCUCCGCCGACGGGUUUCUGCUCCUCCCCCUUGUCGCGCUCCUCCUCUUCCCCGCGCCGUUCUCCCCAGCGCCACCAUCAUCGUUCCGCGCGCCGUUUCUCUUCCCCGGCGGCGUGGCUUCUGCGCGCGCUGCGCCAAUGAGCGUGCUGGACGUGUUCCGCCCGUCGUGCCCGCUUCCGCCCAUGAGCGGACCCCCCGGAGGUACGUUCCGCCCAUGAGCGCACGCAGCCUCCGCCUUAGUGCGUGCUGCUUCUCCCCGUCCCCUGCUCUCCCCUUUCUCCCCUUCCUCUUUCCCCUCUCCCCCUCUCCCCUUUAUCCCUUCUCUUGCCGUCCCUCUCUCCUCUCCCCUCCCGUCCCUAUCUCCCCACCUUCUCCUCGUUACAAUCACACCAACCAGCAUAGAGGGGCAGCAAUCCGUUUCAAGCAGCCCCCAUUGAUUACUUGCUGUCUUCCUGUCCCCGCUUCUCCCUCUCUUCCCCUCUCACCUCUCUCACCCCUCGGUUUCCCCACUUCUCGUCCCGCCCUCUCCUCAUCACACCAACCAGGGUGGAGCAGGCGGAGUGACGUGACUGUAUGGGGGGCAGCGUUCAAGGGCAGCAGGGACUCCCCUGGGGUGCGGUCAAGAGCAGGAGGGAACGUGACAGUGCCAGUCAUGUGGCAUGGCUGGUGGAGUAAAUGGAGCGAUGUGACUGUAUGGGGGGCGGCUUUCAAGGGCAGCAGGGACCCCCCUGGGGUGCGGUCAAGGGCAGGACGCAACGUGACAGUGCCGUGUGGCAUGGCUGUGCUGCUGGACGUGGCGAAUGUGACCCUCGACACGCUACACGUGCACGGAUGGCUCAAGGUCCUAGACAAUAAGCCACGCCUGCCGCGCAUUGAGGUCCGUGCUAACUUCAUUAUAGUCACCGGGCGGCUGACGGUGGGGGAAAAGGACAAGCAGUUUGCCGCCCAGGCACUGUUCACGCUCACGCCCAACAGCGGGCGGCAGAGGAGAGAGUACGCCUUCACGCUCUUCCCCCCGGCCGAACCUGCCUUCCCUAGGCCCUUGGGCCACAAGGUGUUUGCUGUGGUGGGGGGGCAGGUGGGCUUGCACGGCCUCCCAGGCCCGCUGUCCAUGCCAGUGGCAGGGUGGGUCGGAGGGCAGGUGGACUUGCACGGCCUCCCAGGCCCGCCCUCCAUGCCGGUGUGGGUGCGCUUGAAUAAGACGUCGAUCGCCGGCCAGAAGGAGAUCGUGGUGGACGCUGAUGUCAGCACGUGGCCGCCAUAUGGAUUGCAUGCUUCUCUUUCCCUGCCUUCUCUUUCCCUGCCUUCUCUUUCCCUGCCUUCUCUUUCCCUGCCUUCUCUUCCCUUUCUCUUGCCAUUCAUACCCAUUUUUCCCUUCCCUUCCCCUUCUCUUCCCAUUCAUACCCAUUUUUUCCCUUCCCUUCCCCUUCUCUUCUCACCCAGUCGCCCCUCACACUCAAAGUUACCGCAUAACACUCACCACCCCUCUAAAGUAUUCCCAUGGCAGCAAUCCCACGGCCAUACGCCGUGGCCACGUAUUGAAACCAUGGCACCUACAUGGUGCUCUAUUGCACUCACCACCCCUCUAAAGUAUUCCCAUGGCAGCAAUCCCACGGCCAUCCCUGACGGGUUCGGAGGGGUGGUGGAGGGCUACCGCGUAACACUCCCAGCCCCUCUCAAAUACUCGCACGACGGCAAUCCCGAGGCCAUCCCUGAUGGGUUUGGAGGGGCGGUGGACGUGAGGGGGGAGGGCUACCGCGUAACACUCCCAGCCCCUCUCAAAUACUCGCACGACGGCAAUCCCGAGGCCAUCCCUGAUGGGUUUGGAGGGGCGGUGGACGUGAGGGGGGAGGGCUACCGCAUAUUGCUUUCAGGCCCCCUAAAGUAUUCCCACGACGGCAAUCCCAAGGCCGUGCUGGACGGGUUCGGAGGGGCGGUGGACGUGAGAGGAGAGGUGGGGCUGCUGCACCGCAACAUCGUGAUCUACGGGGUGCAUGAGACGGGGAAAUACGAGCUGGAAGGUCGGGUACAGGCAGGAGGGCACUUCAUGGUCGUCAUGACCCAGACCCCUCCGUUUAUAGAGGGGGUGCAGUUCGCUUACAUGGGGCAGCAGGGCGUGCUGGGGCGCUACCCACUGCACUUCCACUCCACACGAGGUCACUUCAUGGUCUUCAUGACCCAAACCCCUCAAUUCAUCGAAGGAGUUCAAUUCACCUACAUGGGGCAACAGGGCGUGCUGGGUCGGAGGGCACUUCAUGGUCUUCAUGACCCAGACCCCUCAAUUCAUCGAAGGAGUUCAGUUUGCUUGUAUGGGGCAGCAGGGCGUGCUGGGGCGCUACCCGCUGCACUUCCACUGUUUGAGAUUACUUGCACCCCUCCGUCCCUCUGCACCGCAUUGCACCCCUCCUUCCCUCUCCCAGGCGGUCAUUUCAUGGUGUUUAUGACCCAGACCCCUCAAUUCAUCGAAGGAGUUCAGUUUGCUUAUAUGGGACAGCAGGGCGUGCUGGGGCGGUACCCGCUGCACUUCCACGUGUGUGGAGAGGCGAAUCAAAGCCACGUCGUGCGGAAGAAUGCGAUUGUGUACAGCAAGCAGGUGAGGAGUAGGCAGCAAGCAGGUGAGGAGUAG